AUGGAGCCAACAUUCUCCAUCGACUUCGAUGAACAAUACUAUGUACCCGGUAAUUGUGUACGGGGAUCUCUUACAAUUCGGAAUCAAAGUGCUAUCCACGCCCUAUCACUGAAAAUUUGCAUCCAUGGAGAGAUUCAGACGUAUUGGACACAGCUUGAGAAGAAGAGACACUUAAAAUCUGGGCAUCCAGUAUCUCACUGCCAUCAUCAUACCAAGCCUCCAGAAAAUAAAACUUUCAAAAGUCAUAUCAAUAUCCUCGAAGGUGUUUCGCAACCAUGGAGCUCCAUAGACAAUCCAUCUAAUAGAAUUCCGAUCGGAGUAAAUAUUUUCCCAUUUGUUUUCCAACUACCAUUCAGUUGUCCACCAAGUUUCGAGGGUACUCAUGGUUGCGUCCGAUAUACAGUUCAUGUUGAAUUGAAUCGCCCAUGGAGGUUGGACGUUGAAGCGAGGAGGGCGUUUACAGUUCUGCCAAUAAUCGAUCUAACAGCAAUUCCAAAAAUUCGCAAUCCAGUGAUGGACCAUGCUUGCAAACAUUCUGGAUUCCUCGGAAGCAAAGAAGUGAAGAUCAAAGUGCAACUCCCAAAAAGUGGAUUCAUCCCUGGUGAAUUUAUCCCAAUUGCCAUUUCUAUCCACAACCACACCAAGAAACCUCUAUACUACCUGAAAGCUCAACUUAUCCAGCACGUCCACUAUCAAGCGCAACAAGAGAAUUCUCAUUUCAAUUCCGAUGAACACUGUCAUAAGCAUUGUGACCAUAAAACAGCUGAAACGAAAAUGUCCGAAGUUGAGAAAAGUUUCGAGGUGAACUGUUGCUCAGAAGGGAUCAUCCAAGUCGCUUUGGUCCUUCCAAAUCCAUUGAUUCCCAGUUUCAAAACUAACAUCAUAGAAGUGGAUUACUGUGUCACUGUGGAAGUGGAAAAAGACAAGAAACUUCGUGUCGAAUUUCCGAUUACUGUUGGUACAAAUCCGGUUGGUCAUGUUAUGGGAAGGGCUGACAUUGGAAAUCGAUUGACAGCUUUGUCAGUGACCCAGCCGGAUCUUAAUUUGCUGAUUGAGCCACCUCCAGAGUAUCAGGAUCGAGUAGAAGUCACCAUGGCAAGUGCCCCACCACCGGAGUAUGAUGAAAAUUCAAAUGGUAUAACAAAUGUCUAG